GGUAGGGGAUGCUAAGCAUAUAUGGUUAUUAUCAUUUAUCUCAUUGGUAAAUGGUAGCUGUUCUGCAAAGAGUAGAGACUUUCAGCUAUUUGGCAUAUAGGAUUUCAGUACUUCGUGUUAAGUACUCAACCAAAAUGCAUUGUGUUGGCCAUGGACUGAAAAGUAAGAAAGUAAAGAACUCACUGGUGUAACUCUUGGAGGUGAGCUACUGUAAUUUGGGGUUCUUAGUUGCAGCUGUUUAUUGUUAUAAAUUAUGGUUGACCACCAAUCCAAAUAUGACGUUUCGAUUGUAUUUUAUCAUUUCAAUCUUGAUUGAUGACAGCCAAAUUCAAGGCGUCAAUAUUAGAGGAG